UUUGGAGCAUGGAUGGAUUUGGAGCAGCUACUCAACGCACGCCUGGUGUUCUGCUUUAUUCUCCAAACCAGUUACGUCGGUUUUUCAGCGUAUCAAAGCGUUGUGAGCCAAUGACGCUGUGCCUGGGUAUCGGCAGCUGAGGGAGGCUUAAAGAGACAACAGCAAAAUCAUAGCAACUUGAGGGCAACAGAAACGAAAGGAGAACGAUACCCACAAACGAAGAACCAUGACUUCGAUUCCCUUUCGAUAGCUGAAAUUUAAAGAUAUCCAGCUGACAUCAAACCCAUCGGUUACCUGUCUCUCGUCUUGCUGUUUUCUCUAUGGGUUGCCUUGUCUGCUGUGGCCCUGCAACAUGGAGAGUGUAUACUGUGUUACUGAAGGCUGACCAGAAGGAAUGAGGCACUCCACGAGAUGUUCCCAAGUGGCCUUGUGGAUGCAGUAGUUGGGAUCGGAGUGCUUUUUUUAUGACUAGUAUUGUAUGUGCGUCUGUGGGCACAUUCUAGCACAACCUGCCUAUUCUUCAGGCAGGGACAUGCUACUCUGAGACUGAAACUAAAGAAAAACAUAAGAAAGGAGCCCCUCUGGAUAACAAGGAACACAAAGAAAAAAGGGAAGAACUCAGCAGAAGAGUUGCCUGAUGGACACACAGGGCACUUCAUCUCAUUUAAGCGUCUUCUAAACAAUUGCACAUUUUAACAGAAACACCUCUCCUCUGUCCUAUGAGAUUUUGUCUCCCUCCCCCUCCUUAAAGCGUCAUCUGUCGUUGUUAUUGGAGAUUCUAUGGUUUGCAUGGCUGGAGAAUAACCGUGGAGAGGCCAGGGUAUCACAAGCUUAUGGAUUUUGAUAAGAGAGGGGGCAAGGGAGAGACAGAGGAAGGUAAAAAGAUGUCUAAGACAGCAGGCAGCAGGACUGGACAUGGGGGCCGGAGUUCAGGGACCAAUUCUGGAGUUCUUAUGGUUGGCCCAAACUUCCGUGUGGGUAAAAAAAUUGGCUGCGGGAACUUUGGAGAGCUGCGGUUGGGAAAAAAUCUCUAUACUAACGAAUAUGUGGCCAUCAAAUUGGAACCUAUAAAGUCCAGGGCGCCUCAGCUCCAUUUGGAGUACAGAUUUUACAAACAGUUGGGAAAUUCAGAGGGAAUCCCUCAGGUGUACUACUUUGGUCCUUGUGGGAAAUACAACGCCAUGGUGCUGGAGCUGCUCGGGCCAAGUCUAGAGGACCUGUUUGAUCUCUGUGACCGCACUUUCUCCCUCAAGACCGUCCUCAUGAUAGCCAUACAGCUGAUAACGCGGAUGGAGUACGUCCACACCAAGAGUCUGAUAUACAGAGACGUGAAGCCAGAAAACUUCCUGGUUGGGCGGCCAGGAAGCAAGAGGCAACACACCAUCCACAUUAUUGACUUUGGUCUGGCCAAAGAGUACAUAGACCCAGAGACCAAAAAACACAUCCCCUACCGGGAGCACAAGAGUCUGACUGGGACGGCACGCUACAUGAGCAUCAACACACACUUGGGAAAGGAGCAAAGCAGAAGAGAUGAUUUGGAGGCGCUUGGUCACAUGUUCAUGUACUUCCUUCGAGGUAGCCUUCCCUGGCAGGGCCUAAAGGCGGACACUUUGAAGGAGAGGUAUCAGAAAAUUGGAGACACCAAACGAGCGACACCUAUUGAAGUGCUUUGUGAAAGCUUCCCUGAAGAGAUGGCCACCUACCUGCGCUAUGUGAGGAGGCUGGACUUCUUUGAGAAGCCUGAUUAUGACUACUUGAGGAAGCUCUUCACUGAUCUGUUUGACAGGAACGGCUAUGUCUUUGACUAUGAAUAUGACUGGGUCGGCAAAUCACUUCCCACACCGAUAGGCCCUAUCCCCAGUGACGCGCCCCUGCAACCCAGCAGCAGAGACAAAGCACAACAGCAGACCAAAAACCAGUCGCCUGAGCCCAAAGGAAGUGAGUCUCAACCCACUCCAGUGACCAAUAAGGAGACUUUGGGGUCGCACCUCACAGCUGAGCGGCUGGGGGGCUCUGUUCAGGUGAUGAGCUCAACGAACGGCGAGCUAAACACCGAUGAUCCCACAGCCGGACACUCCAACGCUCCCAUCACCGCUCCUACCGAGGUUGAAGUGGCCGACGAAACAAAGUGCUGUUGUUUCUUCAAAAGGAGAAAGAGGAAAGCCCUCCAGAGGCACAAGUGAACGGAGAGAACUUGAAACAUUGUGGUCACUGUCAAGUUUUAAAUGGAAGCAACUACACGGACUCCCUGUCCCUUUUCUCUUUCCAGCUCCCCCCCCCCCCCCCCCCCCCCCCACCUCUUUAUCCCUCUCACCUUAUUCCCGCUGUCACUGUACCUCCCCCCUCCCAUUGCGCUCUCUUUCAUGUUCUCAGUGCUCCCCGGCUACUGGCAAGUUAAAGGAAUGUUGCAGUCCUACUGACUCCACAACAGACUCUUGAUUCCUUUUUAUCAAUGAAAAACAAAACGUACCUGCAUUACAACGGGGGAGGGGGCUUGAGAAAAAGUAUAUAUUAAAAAAAAAAAGCUGUAACAAUGACACAUGUAACAACUCAAACACCGUGGCGUGAAUAUGAGAAAAGAUACUGUUUGAAACAGUUCUGUAUUCUAGAUUCCAUAAGAACGCGUGUUGUUCCAACAGUCGGCUGUCGAUCAGGGGGAACCAUUUGAGUGGUUCAAGUGAAAGAAAUCUGCUCCUUAGGAAAAUGUUUUUUUUGUUUGUUUUUCUUUUCUUCCUUUGGUGUGUUUUGGGAUCAAGGUAAAGAGGAAACGGUGAACUUUGCUGAUGUUAAAUCUGAGCAACACAGGAAGCAUUUCAUCUACAAAACGGAAUUUGGAGGAUUUUACUGUUGUUUUUUUUGUAAUUGAAUCCUCAGUUUUCAAAAUCAAAUCCCUGCAUUGAAAACUUAUUUUUAUGUUGUAGUGUUUCUGGAGUUCAAUUCUUUUCCUCACUCUGGCUUUCUUUUUGUCAACGUGGACUUUGUAGCACAGUCACUGGCCUCAGGUACUGUGGACAAUUGAGAGAAACCGAUAUUAAGCUCUCUUAUUAUUAUUGCACUUUUGGGGAAAAAAAAAAACAAUUUAAUGGAAAACUUUAGGUUUGAAAAUUAACAAUUAAGAAAACAACUUAAUAAAGACUGAUCUAGGAAAGGUCCUUCACAACGCUUAUAUCUGAGUUAAGGCUGAAAAAUGUUGUCGAUUUACAUGGAAGAAGAAAAAAAAAAAGAUGUCUUUCAAUUUUUAUUUCUUACAUCAAAAUAAUUUACCAGGAAAUCAUAGUUUGUGCCUUUCUAAGUAAAAUGUUUAAAGCUCAA